AUGAUUCAUCACUGCGACUCCCGCAGGGCUGCCGCGCGCUGCGGCGGCGCCAUGGACGUGGAGCCGUUUCCAGUCGGCUCGGCCGGAACAUGGCAGACGACGGUGCCGCCCUCGGCCGCCACCGAAGUGGCCAACGUCACCAACGAGGCGAGCGCGGUCGGCACGGCCGGUCAGAACCUGUACUCGGUGUUCGUGGUGCUGGUGGCCUGCGUGCUCGUCUCCGUCACGGUCGUCGGCAACAUCAUGGUGAUGGUGUCCUUCCACAUCGACAAGCAGCUGCAGACUAUCAGCAACUACUUCCUGCUCAGCCUGGCCGUGGCCGACUUCGCCAUCGGCCUGAUCUCGAUGCCGCUCUACACCGUGUACCUGGUGAUGGGCCGCUGGGUGAUGGGCCCCGCCGUCUGUGACACGUGGCUGGCGCUCGACUACCUCGCCUCCAACGCUUCCGUGCUCAACCUGCUCAUCAUCAGCUUCGACCGCUACUUCUCUGUGACGCGGCCGCUGACGUACCGGGCGCGGCGCACCAACCGGCGCGCGGCGGCCAUGAUUGCCAGCGCCUGGGGCGUCUCGCUCGUCCUCUGGCCGCCCUGGAUCUACGCCUGGCCGUACAUCGAGGGUCAGCGCACCGUGGAGCCACACGAGUGCUACAUCCAGUUCCUGGAGACGAACCACUACUGGACGUUCGGCACGGCCAUUGCCGCCUUCUACCUGCCCGUGCUCAUCAUGUGCGGGCUCUACUACCGCAUCUGGCUGGAGACGGAGCAGCGGCAGCGCGACCUCAGCCAUCUGCAGGCCGGCAAGAACAGCAGCAGGCGCUCCAACUCCAGCCUCAUGGUGGCACACGUAGCUGAAGCUACGAAAUGGUGCGUGAUCAAUUUUGCGACUUGCUGGCUAAGGGAUCUCAUACUCUCGUCAUUUCUCUGCAUCAGGUUUGCUGCCGUGUUCAUCCAGGUCACCGCGGUCGUCGUUGUCGCUGAUCUGAUUCCAAAGAUAAUGGACUUCACUCUGGAUAUGUCUUCUCCUGUUGGCAACUUUCGCACAGCCGGACAGACGGGAGCUCGUCAGCUGGCCCUCGUCUCGCUCAGACGAGACGAGAGCCGGCCAGAGGAGUGCCGCGUGGCAGCGCUGCAGGAGUGCCGAGUGGUGGCUCUCGGGAGGAGCGAGAGGCGGCUCUGGAGGAGUGCCGAGUGGCGGCUCUGGGGGGGGGAGCGAGUGGCGGCCCUGGAGGAGUGCCGAGUGGCCAACUGCCGCAGCCGCGCCCUCCCUCGGGACUGA